CUUCCAAGUGACUCAGCUUGCAAGUUGAGCUAGCGCACAGCAUAGAAUGGCUGGCGCGAUGGUGGCUUUCCUAGGGGAGUGAGUUCUUCUACUAGAUGGAAGAUUUGCGUGCCAGCUUGUACUUGUUCUCAUCUUGCCCGACUUCCAAUCAAUAUUCAAUAGGCGGAAGGAGUCGUCUUUGACGAUGGCUACUCAACAUCUCAUACUUCCCCGCCGGAAGGUCAGCAGCGGCGAUGAUGUUGCACCCAGCCCAAGGCCUGUGACGACCCCCAUGCCCAGCGACUUUAUUAUACCAACCAUUCCAGAUCUGCCUGGUGGUUUGGGACAGGAUGCUGUGUUCAACAGGCAGGAGCAACUGGUACACGCACUUGAGGUCUGGAAUAGAGGCCUCUCUCCUGACGUCCGAAAGAAGAAGUAUGCCAAGAUGAAGUACGCUGCCUCUGACAAGGGCGUUGAGCCAUCACCAUUUGCGGUUUACCGGGCAACCGACCAUUUAUUCUGGCAGGACCUGAGCCACGACGCUCGCUUGCACCUAUUUGGCAACACCAAGACACACACUUGGCUCUCUGGGGACUGCCACUGCUGCAAUCUCGGCUCGUUCCACAACCGCAAGGGCGAGACUGUGUAUGCACUCAACGACUUUGACGAGUCUUUGGUGGCAGACUACCAAAUGGACUUAUGGCGACUGGCAGUCAGCAUCCUCCUCGCCAUGAAUCAAGUCGGGGUUGGCAACUCAGAACAGAACGCACGUGACGUCAUACGGACUCUAGGCCGGGCCUAUCGAGCAGCAGCGGUGGAGCACCGGGCCGAAAAAGGCGCGAUCUUCACGAGCUUAAACACGACGGGGCGGCUACAGGCGUUUCUGCGGGCAGUGGAGGGGAGCAAGAAGUUCCGGUACAAGAAGCUCUUCAAGAAAUGGACGGAAGGACGGGCGCGCCGAGCGCGGCUGUACCAGGGCCUCGGGGCGUUUGGUCUGAAGCGGUUCUACGCCAUUGUGGAUCUAGUAGGUGAGGGGGAGCGUAAUACGGGGAACGGGGAGGGGCAGAUUGGUGGGGAACAGGGAGCAGGGACACAGACCCGGAGGAAUAGGGAAGAGCAAAACGGGGGGGAGGUUGGGGGGGAGGAAGACGGGGGGGAAAAGGAUGGGAACAACUACAAGGGGCGGAUCAUUCUGGACGUGAAGCUGCAGCCGCAGGCGAGCGCGUACCAUUUCAUGCGGCUGGACGAGCGGGUGGCGUUCCGGAAGCGGUACGAGAACGACGCGAAGCGGACGGCUGAUGCGGCGAAAGUGCUAAUGUCAGACGCGGACCCGUACCUGGGGUGGAUCGAGAUUACUGCGGACGACGCGGAGAGCUUUGUCGGCUGGACCGACGGCUUCUACUCGGUCCGCGAGAUCUCGCCCAAAAAGUCGUCGUACCCCGUGCUGCCCGCCGACGCUAAGGGGCCCCUCAAGGAGCUGGCGUUGAAGGACACGGAGGGCUUCAAGGAGAUGGCCGAGCAGUGGGGUCGAGUGUUGGCCGUCUCUCACGCGCAAGCAGCGGCUGCGUUGGAGGGCAAGACCGAGGGCCGUCCUGACUUCAGCGUCGAACUAGAGCGCCUGACCGCCGGGGAGAGCAUGGAGGAGUUCGAGGACCUGCUAUGGGGUGUGGUAUCGCACCACGCCAAGCUGGUUGCAGAAGAUUACGACACGUUUGCGAAGUACGUGUAUCCAUACCCGCCCGAAGUGGAGCAACCGGUUGGAUCAGACGAUGAGGCUUGAUUCGGUGCGUAUCGAAGUGCUCGUGUGAGCUGCAGCAUAGGCCCUAUUAGGGCAGGGUGCGUGACGCGAUUCAGACGCGGUCAUGAAUGUUGGAGUAUCGAAAAAGAUUGAUGUCUUCAUUAGAGGUGAUUUUAUGUAUGGUAACACUAGACCGUGACUUUUUUGUGAUUGAGUAAAUCGUACGCGCGCUUGCUUUAGUAGUCAUGAAAUUGAGUAAAGCUACCGCCCACGGCUUCGUUGAAAGAAAAAAACCUGCCAGGACAAAAGCAGCUUCAGCAUGGCCUGUCGUCCUCCUUGACGUGCAUGGUUUACUGUUAGAGAUCCGCUGCCAUCUGGAGCAAGCUGUAUAAAAUACUUCAGCUUUACAUUUCAUGAGCUUUCUCAUGGCGAGAAUCCGAGUGAGUUCAUGUUCGUGACGGAACUUAGUUUCUCACUACUUUAAGUACGUAUGAUACCUUCCCUACUAAUAGAGCCGCAGGACCUCAUGGGACCGUGUAUCUGAAGUUCAAU